AUUCAAACUCAGCCUCUAUUUCGAGCAAAACAACAGAAUUUGACGCAAACGCAGACACCGUUAGAGUUGAGUGAGAUUUGCAGAUAUGAAUGACAGCCAAUCCACCGAACCAUCGAUUCUGACGGAGAAUAUCUCGAUCUCGAAAUUAACGCCUGAAUUGAUCAGAAGAGCUGAAGUGGAAGUGAAUGAGAAGGAGAACUGGAAAGAGAGGGAUAUCCAGGCCUUGAGAGAGAUCGUACAGAACGAGACAUCACUGAAUUCCCAGAGCGAUGACGCAUUCCUCCUGCGCUUCUUGAGGGCCCGUAUGUUUGAUUACGACAAAGCCCUGCACCUCAUCAAAGAGUACUACUAUCUGAAAGCCAAUAAUCCGGAGCUGUUUGUACCGCCGAAGCAAUUGAAAUGCGUCUUCGACUCCAAAGCGAUGACAGUAUUGCCGAAGAAGUGUCUGUCGGGUGAGACGGUGUAUGUGAUGAGCGCCGGCCAAUGGAAUCCCAGGAAAUUCAGUUUCGAUCAGUUAGUGGCGGCCAGUAUUGUGAGUCUGGAGAAGGCGGCCAUGGAUGAGGUGACACAAAUCAAUGGCCUCAUCUGCAUCAUCGACAUGAAGGACUUCGGGUGGGCGCAGUUGCGACGCUUCGGACCCUCUCAGGCCAAGAAGAUGGUCCACAUCAUCGACGAGUGUCUGCCCAUACGCUUCAAAGCCAUUCACGUUAUCCAUGAGUCGACGCUCGCAGACAUCGCCUUCACUAUACUGAAGCCAUUCCUGAGUGAAGAGCUUCGCCAGAAGAUCACAUUCCACGGAUCAGAUUUGUCUGAUUUGCAUUCCAUUGUCUCCCCCGACAUACUUCCCAAAGAGAUCGGUGGACACAGCGGUUCCAUAGCAUCAGAUGAAUGGUUCGAUCAGAUUAUUUCCAGCGAAACCUAUUUGACGAACAAUAGGGAGAACUAUGGCUUCAAGAAAGUGUCGGAUUUCAGUCAGAUCUCAGAUUUCCAUAGCAUUGAGAAUAGUCUGUUCCGGAAGUCGCAGACGUGUAACGGAUACCUCUUUGACUACUAUAAGCCAUCGAGAGCUGAAUGAUGGCAUCGGCUGCUGAAGAAUCACUAUCUUCUCAUCACAAAUACUGUGUUCAUAUCUGUUUGACUCAUAUCUUAUAAUAUUUGUUUUGUAAAUCUGUUUUGCAUUUUAAUUUAUUUUAAUUGCAUUCAACUGUUUGUAAAAUACAAUUAUUCUUGAAGAGUGGGU